GGUGGAGAAAGGUUGAUUGACAGCAUCGAAUCUAUAGUUAGAGCAGAUUUUCAUCAAACAUUUCUAAGAAACGCAAUACUGCGCUGAAAUAAUGGCAUCAAAUACUGAUUCCAACGCUCAAUCAUCUGGGAAUACCACUCAUCUGUCAAGAUUGGAAGCAAUGAAAAAGGAGUUGGAAGUUUUGGAAAAUGAAGAAGCUAUAAACGUAUUAAUUAUUAAGGCUAAGUUGGCCAAAUGCGACCACGCUAGAGUUUUGAUGAGAUUACUGGUGAAUUGUGUGGAUAAUUUGAUCCGGGAUAUCAGCGCAUCUGUUUUCCUUUGGGAAGGUAUGAAGGGAGUCUUGAUCGAGCAGAACAUCGGUAAUGGGGAAACCUGGACCUCGCUGGAGAGAUUGUACGGACCCUCAAGACUAGUUCCCUUGAAGUAUAUCAAAUUGAAGUUCCUUGCAUUGAUACAUGAUGAGCACUUCCAUUUGAUCGAGGAAUUGUACUUCAGUAGAAAGCAAAGCUUCGAAUUAGCCUUCCGAGACAUGAAGUCCUCCGUUUCUUCAGAUAUCGACGAAGCAGCCUUCGAGACUGAAGUUAAGAACUUCACAGAGAAGCUCGGUGCCUUCAAGUUCGCCAGGUUUAAUCUUGAAAUGUACUCCAAGGAUAUUUGCGACAAAGCAGAACUGGCACUCUCAGAAUAUUCAGAGAUGCUGGGUCAUAAAUAUCAAGAAUGGGAUAAAGAACGCGAAGCCCUCUUCAGUAUCUGUAUUACUUUGAUGAGUGGUGUCAACUAGUAGUCACAAAUGUUACUAAAUGUUUGUUUAUUUGUUAUUACGUUUUGAAAACGAUUUUGAUGUUCAUUAAUUUAUUAUUACAUAAUUUUAUAAUUGUUACUGUGUUCUGAAGACGAUAUUUAAUAAAGAGUGUUUUUUGAAAUAGA